ACACCACGGUCUCCGCGGCAGUAUAACUUGACGCCCCGGUCGCUCCCCACUCCGCAGCCUACGACGGCAGAGGACACGCCGCCGCCCCCCUUCGCCAGCCAGCGAGAGCGAACCGCCGCCGCGUCGGCGCGCCCCUCCUCUCCCGCCCCAGCCGCGGUCUCGUCUCAGGGUGUGAAUAUGUCAGCAAGUGCUUUGAAAGAUAUCAAUAUUUCUCAAUCAGCGGACCUAGAGAAAGGAAAAGAUAAUUCUGUGAAAUCGUGCAUCAGCAAGCCUGUGUUGAAUGGCAAAAAAUGUGCCAACAAGGAAGAAAAUGCUUCGCUUGCUUGCCCUGAUGCUGUGACUAAUGGAAAUGAGGUUGGAAGUGUAGAUGUAGAGUACAUUGAUUCUGAGAAUCUACUAGAUCUCGCAGAUGUUGACGCAAGCCUCAGUACUUUGGUUAAAAGGUUGGAUUCUAAGGACUGGGUUAUGACAUGUGAAGCUCUUAACAAUGUUCGUCAGUUGGCAAUAUAUCACAAGGAAAGAUUGCAGGAGCUGCUGGGACCUCUAGUUCCUCUUAUUGUGAAAUCUGUCAAGAAUCCAAGGAGUGCUGUCUGCAAAACAGCACUAAUGACAUGUGCUGACAUCUUUAAGGCCUAUGGUGACCUAAUGGUUGACUCAAUUGAUCUGCUGCUGGUGCAACUGUUUCUAAAAGCUUCACAAGAUAAGCGCUUUGUUUGUGAAGCUGCCGAGUCAGCUCUUGUAUCGAUGACAAGUUGGAUCUCCCCUUUGGUGCUGUUACCGAGAAUGCAGCCCUACCUCAAGAACAGGAAUCCAAGAAUUCGAGCAAAAGCGUCAGUGUGCUUCAGCAAGAGUGUACCUCGCCUUGAUGCGGAGGGAAUCAAAGAAUACGGAUUGGAUAAGCUCAUCCAGAUCGCAGCAACCCAACUUAGUGACCAGCUUCCCGAAUCAAGGGAGGCUGCUCGCAACCUAGCAUUGGAGCUGCAAGCGUUCUAUGAGAAGUCUGAGGCCUCAACUUCUGGUGAAAAUGAUGGCAAACUUUCUGCCACACUAGAUGCUGAAUCAUGGGAGGCCUUCUGCCAAUCAAAGCUUUCCCAGUUGAGCGCCCAAUCAAUCCUUCGUGUCACCUCUACUCCAAAAGAGGGUGUUACUGUGGGAGUCACCUCUACUCCAAAAGAGGGCGUGGCUGUGGGAGUCACCUCUACCCCAAAAGAGGACGUGGCUGUGGGUUGCUAGCAUAAGGAGUUAGUAGAUGCAAUGGUAUUGCGAUUUUUCCGUCCUAUUCCCUUUUUGCUGUACAUGCUUAUGGUUGGUCCUUAGUUACACCCAGUCGGGAAUUCGUUGAUCAUCGGUUUGAGAGUUCAGGUAUGACCCGUGGUGUUAAUAUUGGUGCAAAAUAUAUCCGAUAUAGUCGACUGUAUAAUCAUUUGGUCGUUACAUGGUAUUGGUUGGUCAGGUGAAUGUAGAAUUUCUUCCACGGUUCGCAUAUUAUGCAGUCCCUGUUUUGUCCUCCUGCUGUUCUUUAUAUUAUUUACGAAGUGGCUUUUUUGUGUUUCUCAUGUUGCAGAA